AUGAGUGUCUCUUCGAAUUAAUAAGUAUAUGAAGAACUUAUGGUAUUAAUAUUAGUUUUCUAUGCAAGGAUAAAAUCAAAAACAAUUCAGAGAUAAGAGAGAAAUUUGACAGCAGAACCUAAAGUGGAUUAUUAGAUAAAGACUAUGCUCACGAAGUCUUGAUAGAUUGGAGUGAUUUACUAAAUUAUGAUCUGAGUGAUGCUAUAACUUAUUUUGAUCUCGAUAAUCCUGACAUUCCCCCGGAAGAGAUCAGGUAGCACUUAGAUUUUGACAGUUUCAUUAAUCUCGUCAACAAAUGGCUAUAGAAGCAAUUAUUGCAAACAUCUCCCAAGUAGAAACAAAGUACAAACUAAGACCAAUACUGGUUUAAGAGUGAACCUGGAACACUCAAUACAGAACAGAGUGAUUUAAAGCAUUAGGAGUAAUUAAUAAAAGCAAUUUUUGAGACGCAAGAAGCCAAGACAAAAAAGGUAUUUAACGAAUACGCAAUGAUGAGUGAUCAGAACGAUACAAUUAGUAAAUAAGAUUUCCCUCUAUUGCUUAAAAAUUUGUUAUAUCAACAUAAUGCAUCAAUAUAUGAGAAAAGUGGCUAAGAAGAUUACUUCAUGAGAAGUAAUUCUUAUGGAAAUUUGAAUAAUUUUUUAAGGGAUGAUUAAAUUAAUUACCAAUAAUUCAAGGAUGCAGCAAUUCAGUUCAUAAAAGGAAAUCAAGAUUUAAUUCUUUUGGAUCACGAAUAAAUUAGUAAGAAAAAAGAGAAAUAGCAGCCUCAACAUCCCCCAAAUUUAGAAGAAGAACUCUUACAAUAAAUAGAAAAGUAUUAACAGAUUUUAUAAACAACUGAACCUGAAAUUGAGAAAUAGGUUCUCAGAAAUAUGAUAACAACUUUGGUCCGUUAGCUGGAUUUAAUAAGAGACAACACUAUGAAGUUUGAUGAAACUCAAAUAAAUUCCACCAUCAAACCUAAAGCUAAUUUAUAGGUCUCAUUCUCAGGAAUAGUUAGACCUGAGAAAAGAGCAAAAACAAAGGAAGAGAUUGAAAUUGGAAAAAGAGACAACCAAAUACUGGAAAUAUUUCUCUUUUUUGCGAAAUAACAAUAUGUCAAUGGAGUUGCAUAUGAAUUUGAUAGAUACACUAAAGAAGCUUAAAGUUUAAGUUUAGGUAUGUUCUUAUACUUUUGUAAAUGUUUUAAUUUGAUUGAAACUCAUGUAAGAAAACCUAAUGAAGAAAAUUUAUUAGAAAGAAAAAAAAGAGGUGAAGAAGUCAAUAUUACUCGAUUGAAUCAAACAAUAGUCAAUAAAAGUUUGUUAGAAGAGGAGAAAUAAGUAGAAUAAGCUUCAACAAUAAUGUCUCCAAAAUAAAAACCUCCUACUGUUCCAGUCGAUAUUCAAAAAGUUGAAAACUUGCCUCGAAAGAAUAAAUAUUCUCAUGUGCCUUCAAAAUUUGAGUAAAUUUAUAUCUCUACGUAUUAGGUGGUGGAAUGAUGAGUUAAAGUUUGAUAAAUACUACAAUCCUAAUCAAAACCCUUUGCCUCAACAAAUCUUAGAUGACAUGAAAUUUUUAACCAAAGAGGAAAUCAAGAGUUUGUUCAAAAGAAGUGCCUUCGGUAAAGAUGUAAGAUAAUGAAUUUAAAUAGCUCGAUUUUGAUGAAUUCAAAUGUUUGUUAGGGUUUAUGGCCAAUCUCAUGUUCAAAUAAAAUGGAGAAAGACAUCCUCAUGCCUAUUAAUUGAUAUUAAGAUUGAUGUACAUAGAUUAUCCAGAAGAAUAUAGAAAAAGAUUACUCCCCAUCAAAAUACCAUUUAAUUGCAAAGAGAAAAUAGGUUUCAGAUAACUUCCAGGUUAUGAACACCAUGAAUAUAAAGGAAGAUAAUUAUCUUAAUAAGAAAAAUAGCAACUCUAAAAAUUAAAACAAGAAAGAGAAAAUUAAUUAAGAGAGAGACUUACUGAAAAUCCUAAUUAAAGCAUUAGAUCCAUAGGAUCGAUAGGGUCCCAAUCCAUAGCCAAUUUACCAUAUAAUAAACAAUAAGGCAGAUUCUUAAAUGGAAGAAUAGAUUUGGAUAGAGAAAAAGUUUCAUGGGCGAAACUUGAAAAUUUAAAUCCCAAUGACUUAAGUGGUCAUGGCAGAAAUUUCAAGCCUUAAGAUUUGAUAGAUGAAUUCGAAGAUGAAGAAGACAGGUAAAUCUCUUCGUUAUAAAUUCUAGAUUCUUCUUAAAAGAGUUCUCUCUGGAAGAUGAAAAAAGAAAUCAACUAAAACCUGAAGAAGUUUAAAAAAAUCUAGAGAAAUAUGGUGCUUAUAAGCCUCCCAAGAGACCUACUUAAAAACACUAAAUGAGUCAACCUUAACUCUUAAACCAGAGAUAUGAGUAAAAGAGUGUAGACAUGAAAAAUUAGUACUUGUAACGCGCUAAUCAAAUUUAGUAAUUACAAAAUAAAAAAGAGUAACAACUACUCUAAAAAAUUAACAAAAAAUAUAAAAUUUGA